UCUAUAUCCAAUUUUUUUUUGGAUUUUUCAAUAUAAUUUUUCGUAUAAAUAAAUUCGAGUUUGAAAAGAAAAAAUUAUUCAAAACGAAGUUAAUCAAUAAAAAAUGUGCUCUGCUGCGGAAAAACAAAUAGAUUUAGGUUUUGCUGAAGAAUGUGAGCCAAAUCUACUUCGAAAUGUCUAUUUUCCAAGCAAAAUCGGUGGAAAGCCAGCCUGGUUAGAUCUGGAAAAAGUUCCAAGUACCAACGACUUGAAAUGUAAAAAAUGUGGUGCUCCUCAAUCUUUUCUGUGUCAGAUCUAUGCUCCGAUAGAAGAAAAACCUCCGUGUUUCCAUAGGACUAUCUAUAUCUUCAUUUGCCGUGAACCUACUUGUUCGACCCCAAACUCUGCAGAGAACUUCUCAGCAUUUCGAUCUCAACUUUCUCGACAGAAUCAAUUCUAUUCGGCGAUUCCUCCCAACGAAGAUGAGGACCUUCCUGCCGUGGAGCCGCUCUGCAGAAUAUGUUCGGUCUGUGGGUGCCGCGGAGGCAUGGUGUGUUCGCGGUGCAAGGGCAUCAACUACUGCUCCGCCAAGCACCAACGGGCUCAUUGGCCGCAGCACAAAGUGCCUUGCCGCUCCGGGGAGAAGAUCCCUACCGAAGACAUACUCAUCCCCACUGUGUCCUUCCCAGAAUUCGAAGUUGUCAUUGAGGCCGAUACUUGCGUCUCCGACCACGACGACGACGAAGGCACCGAGCAAAGCCGCUUAGAGGAAUUCCAGAAACUAGUCGACGAAGGAAAGGCCGGAACCAUGGCCGACCUACCCGAAUCCGAGCUGAGUAAGUUCGCAACCGAAGACGACGAAAACGCAGACAUCUUCUUCCGAAACUUCAAAAGCCAAGUGGCGAAAAACCCUUCCCAAAUUCUUCGAUACGACAUCGGAGGAGAACCCCUCUGGAUCGCCGACCCAGCGAAGACCGUCGGUACCAACAUCGAAAUCCCACCGUGCCCCAAUUGCUCCGCUCCGCGACAGUUCGAGUUCCAAAUAAUGCCCCAGAUGCUGAACUACUUGAAGGACGACAACAUCGACUGGGGCGUCCUGGCGGUGUACACUUGCAAAAAUAGCUGCCAGCCGUCCACCGAAUAUGUCCCAGAGUUCGUAGUCAAACAAGACAUCAUUUCAGAUGACAAUAAAUAAUAAGUCAAUGUCAAACUUUGG